GAAUUAACAGACUUGCAGCGAGACCCUCCGGCACAGUGCUCAGCUGGCCCUGCAGGGGAAGACAUGUUUUAUUGGCAAGCAACUAUCAUGGGACCUAGCGACAGCCCUUACCAAGGUGGUGUUUUCUUUCUAACGAUUCAGUUCCCCACAGAUUAUCCAUUUAAACCACCAAAGGUUGCCUUUACAACAAAGAUAUAUCAUCCAAAUAUAAAUAGUAAUGGCAGCAUAUGUCUGGAUAUUCUGCGGUCACAAUGGUCUCCAGCUCUAACAAUAUCAAAAGUACUCCUGUCUAUUUGCUCGCUGCUGUGCGAUCCAAACCCCGAUGACCCUUUGGUGCCAGAGAUUGCACACACCUACAAAUCUGACAGGGAAAAGUACAACAGACUGGCUAGAGAGUGGACACAAAAAUACGCCAUGUAAAAGGAAGGGGAGAGAGAAAAAAAAAAACGGGG